UCCUCGGAAGUUUACAAAGCAUGGAUGCGACAGGUGGUAAAGAAGAUGAAGUGGUAGCAGACAAGAUUCCGAGAAUGGAGGACCCUAAACCAUCUAUCAGUGUCCACACGUUUCACGAUCAAAUCAUAGACAAUGAAUGUUUCUUUCAGGUCAUCAAAUUAGAAGACAGCUUUCAUCUGUGGAUUGGAAAUUCACCGGCUACGUUUGGCUCGUUUACCGUAGCUCUGCAGACUAAAUUUGACAAACUGCCCUCAUCAAUUCCGCUUCUUGGAGGAACAGAUUCACCUAGUAAUUCAUUAGCUCUUCAGUUAGCAAAGAAAACUGGAAAACAAGUAUUUGUGAGCUGUAAUCUGCCUUUUCAUGGACAAUUAAUGCCACUUAUAGAGAAAAGAAUAUCACAGGAGUUAAACAAUCAUCCGGAACAUUUUUGAGACCAAUUGUGAAAUUAAACUUAUAUGAUCUUAUGCCCGAAAAUAGCUUACAACAACCUAUCAGAUGUGGAAGACAAAGAACAUCUCUUUGGAGCCCGGUUAAGUCAAUAUUCAUCUCUCUACAUGUGGUGUCUAGACACUGGGUUCACAUCGAUCCAUUAAAAUUCAACAAUUUUAUUAUUCAUUAAUCAUUUUCUGCCGGAUAUAACAGUCAGUUUCAUAAAAUAUCAGUCAAGCAUGAGAGAUUAAGACGAUAUUUGAAUUUCUAAUUAAAUAUUGUGGUCAAGUCUAUACUGAUGACAUCAAGAUCGUUUCUUGAUAAUUGACUGCACUUGGUUUAUUUUUAACUUUCUGUAAUAUUUUCAUUAUGUAUGUACAUGUAUAUCUCCUUUGUCGUCACUGUCUUGGGGUUAUAAAAAAUCAAAAUGUUAAUACUAGUAUCUUUCUGAAGUAAAUAGGUUUAUUAUUUCUACAAACAUGCUAGGUAUCUCAUAUCUGUUAAGACCUAUAUGUAGACAGAACUGUCUGUCAAUAUACUGUAGAUUUGUUUGAUAUCACAAGCAUCUGACUACAAUAGUACAGUACUUGUGUACUUUCCAGACUAUCUCUGGCCCAUAUAUAUCACAGAUAUUUUGAGUCCGACUCCCUCUAUGUUUGAGAUUAAACCAUUAUGUUAAGUCUAUAGAAGAUUUAAGUUUGAGCUAAGCGUUUGGUAGACCCAAAGUGUUGGUGACAUUUGGCCCUGGUCCAUCUUAUAUAUAUGGAUACACACAAAGUGUGAACCAGAUAGCUAUACAUGUAUGAAGCAAUGAUACAGGAAAUAUAGAGACAAUAUGUCAGUUUGCACGUUAAAAACUUAAAAUGUUUCAUUAAGAUUGAGUUCGACGUACAGUGUUAGGCAUACUCAAAGGGUAUGUAGAAAACUGAAAAACGGCCUGAGUGUGGGCAGAGACGUAUAAUAAUAAUGUAUUAUACGUCUCUGGUGUGGGGCAGUCCUGUGGCCCUAAUGAUUGCCCAGCGGAGGAUUGAGUACCAACCAAAAGGUUUUAAGCUCACCAAGCAGUUCGUUCAAUGCUUUUUAUUACUGUGUUUCUGACGUUUUACAUUUAAUGCCCCUUUUUAAUCAAGUGCAAAAAAUCAGAUCGAUCGCGGGAGUGGAGGAUAUUUAAUUUACCCGGGGGAAUCUGUGUAAUUCACUGUACAAUAUAGGUACAAGUACAGUAUAUAUUAUAUAUAUCAUUGUCUCUGUAAUAAAAUGAACCUAUUGCCUGUACUGAUAA